GGUGAUGCCGUUCAAUGAUAUUUUAUUUUAUCAUUGUGUAUGAGUAUCAUGACGACUGUAAAGCUCUAUCAUUUACGGAUUAUAUAUUUCUAUGUAACGUUUUUCUCUGGAUUAGUAGGUACAUCCUCAUUUGUGUGGAAACACAUUCAGCAGUCAUCAACGAACAGUUCGUUUGUCCCCAGUUUUGGUUGUGAUGGCGACAUGGAGACCUUUUCUCUGACCAAUGAUGGAGUUAAUCAGUUGUGGUCUGUUGAGAUGAACAAUACUUACACUAUUGGUUGGAUCUUUGUCAGCGUUGGUACUGCGGAUUAUGAAAUGUAUGUUGAAAAUACUGAAGAUCAAAGACCCUUGAAGAACUUCUGUCUACCUGAAGGAAGUAAACUAAGUUCACUUCAACAAUUGAUGACAUGUGAAUAUCCUAAUUCUGUCAUCGUGAAAACGAAUAAAAUAACUAUUCGUCAAAUAGGAAAUGGAUCAAUGAAAAUAUUUGAAGUUAAACCAAUAGGUAAAUGCAGAGGGAUGGAAUCCUAAUUUCCAUCAAAUGUAUGCUCUGUAUACAUCAUUCAUUUUCAUUUUAUUUACUUCCCUUUCCUACAAUUUUGAUUGUCUUUUUUCCAAAAUUAUAAUACAUUAAAUUUUUAAUUCAUGUCU